UUUCGGGGGAUGGACCGUUCGCGGACUCACACACAGAGAGCGUGCAACGAUUCAAAGAACUCGUUUGUUAUCGGCGAAUCAAUUUAAGCAAUACGCACGGCGCGGUCUUUCCUUCGAUUGCUCGCAUAGUACAGGCGAUUUUUCUUUCGCGCAUAAAUAACCGCUACUCAAGGGUGGAUAUUUUCGCCGUGAAUUUUUCGUGAUUUUUCUCGCCCUGUCCGCGUCGCGUAGCAGCCUUCGGUUGCUACUUUGUCAGACGUCGUCGGCGGCGGUGAUCGUCAGUUGGUUGCUGCGGGGUGGUUCGUGCGGUUCGACUCGAGCGAGAAGUACACAACCGCUCUAACGAAUACGUAGAUACGUACAUAUAUAAACACAUACACACAUACAUACGCGCAGGGACACAGAGGAAGAAAUUCGCCCGUGUGCUUUAGCAGGGGGAAGUUUUACACACGCACACCGAUCGCUCUCUGUCCGCCAGAAUUCAUUCGCCGGUCCAACGAGAACGAUACGCAAGACGCAUCGCGCGCAACGGACAAGGGGAUUAAUAUAACGUUAUUUCACACGGGCUCUGAAUACGAAUUAAACGCGUCGAAAUGGCCGGGGAAAAGCGUAGUCAGGAUCAGGAAGAGUCCUUGCUGAAGCAGAACGUUAUCAUAGUUGAUAUCGAGGGAACAACAACGAGCAUAACUUUUGUUAAGGAGACACUAUUCCCUUACAUCCGAGAGAACGUUAAAAAAUACAUCGACGCUAAAUGGGAGGAGGAAGAGUUUAAACGUGAUUUAGAAAAACUCAAGGAACAGGCUAAGAAAGAUGAAGAAGACAAGAUUGAAGGCCUUGUGGCCAUUACUGGUUCUACCACUGAUGAAGAAAAGGAAUCAGUUGUUAAGAAUAUUUUGUGGCAAAUGGAUGGAGAUAGAAAAACUGGGGCCCUGAAGCAAUUGCAGGGUCAUAUGUGGCGCGAAGCCUAUGACUCUGGCAAUGUCAAGGGACAUGUAUACGAGGAUGUUCCGGAAUGUCUCAAAGCUUGGAAAAUUUCCGGAAAGAAGGUUUACAUUUAUUCAAGUGGAAGUGUCGAGGCACAGAAACUGCUUUUUGGACACAGCCAAUGCGGGGAUCUGCUUGAGUAUUUCAGUGGCCAUUUUGAUACUGGAGUUGGAAUGAAACAAGAGGCUACCAGCUAUAAAAAUAUUCUGGAUCAGGUAAAGUCUGAGGCCAGUGACGUCAUUUUCCUCACCGAUAUUGUCCAAGAAGCCAAAGCUGCCAAGGAAGCUGGACUUUAUUCAAUCCUCAUGAUUCGUGAAGGCAAUGCUCCAUUGAGUGCGGAGGAGAAGAUGGAGUUCAGAACUGCGACGUCAUUUUUGGACUUGUCAUUCGAGAGUGCAGCUAAGCGCCAAAAGUUGGACACGCCGGAAAUUGACAAGAAGGAGUCUAUAGCAAAGCCGACAGCCGAAGAAAAGAUGGAAAUAUCUGGUGAUGUUGAAAUGACUGAUGUCAGUGAAAAAGAGAAUGAGUCAAAAGUUGAGUCAGAGGAUGCUAAAAGGGAGAAGGAGGAAAAGAAGGGAGAAAAGGAAACAAAUGAAAUUGAAGGAAAGAAGAACACUGAUGUGGAAGCUACAGUGUCUGUGACUACUGUGGAAAAAGACGAAGCCAUGGAGACUGAUGGAAAACCUGAAGUUGUAAAACAAAUUGAUGAAUCUGGUUCUGAUGCUAAGCCUGUAGAAGAAAAGAAGGAGGAAAAGGUCGAGGUAGUUGAAAGUGAAAAAGGUACCUUGAAAGUAAGCAAAGAUGAUGACAAAUCUAAAGUGAUCUGCGAAACUAUUGAUAAAGAAAGUAGCAAGAAAAGUGAAGAAAAAACUCUAGAAAAGAAUAACGCAGACGAGGCUGAGAGAACUACACUCACCGAUAGUCAGAAAACUGAACUCUUGGAGAAAAAAGUCGAACUUUCUGAGGAGAAAUCUGAUUCUAUCAUAACUGAGACAAAUAGCAAGGUGGUCAACGAAUCAACCGAACUGUCUGCCUCAAGAAAGCCGGAUGAAACUCCUACAAAAAUUUCCGAUGAUGCUAAAGAGAUUAAGACCGAAGGUUCUGAAGAAAGUUGUGAAAUUUUAAAUAACAAGUUGGGCAUAGAGACUGAGAAAUCCGAAAUGGAAUCGAAACCCGCAGUUGAAGAAACUCACGUUAAAGUCGACGUACCGUUAACGAAGGAAACAGUGAAAAGUGAUGCGAAGAUAGAAAGCAUGGCAGCAGAAACAGAGAAAACCGCCAUUCAAACCAGCAAAGUAUUAAAAGCGAACGAGGAAUCUGCUCUAAAGUCGGAUCAAACAGUAGCUAAGGAUGUGGUUAAAGAAAAUGGAAUGGCAAAGACUGAGGAGCCGUCCAAGACUGAUGAUCAAAACGUGGCAGUUGAGAACAAAGACAGUUCAGAUGCUGUAAAAAAGACUGAAUCCAAAGUUGAGGAAACUGUGGCUAACUCAACGAAAGAGACGGAAAGUAAUAGCAAAGAUGCAAUUAAGGCUGAAACAAGCAUCGUUGCUGAGGCAAAGAAAGAAACUGUGACUAAGGAUGUGGAUGUGGAAGAAGAAGAAAACAAAGAACUCAAAAAAGAAGGUGCAAAGAGUCAGGAGGAACCGACGACGGAUGCGAACAAAACGAACGGUACGACACAGAAUGGGGAAACGGUUACGGAAGAUGAAAAUAAAAAAAUACACACGAAUGGGGUAAACGAAGCAUGCAGCAGCGUAUCAGCUGAGGUAAAAACGAAUAAAGACAUGUCGUCGCAGAAGAGGGAACCCGAGAGCUCGACCGAUGCUAGUGCAGAGUCUAUAAAGGUUAAAAAAGUCGUUGAUUCAACAGUGGCGGACGGCGCCGGAGAACCUGACGUAUCGCCGACUGUAGUAGUAGCCGCGACGUCCUAAUCUCUAAAAAAAAAAAAAAAAAAAAAAAAAAAAGCAACAACAAUUAUCUUAAAAAUAUAAACUAUUAAGUUGUCUCCCCACGUCCUAAUAAAUCAACAUUUAAAACAUAAAGUGGUAAAUUUUAAGAAAAUAGCUCAUAGAUUUACAUUACCUAUUGUUCCUUGGAUGAGAAAAGAAAAACGAAGAACAAAGUACGUUGUACGCUGUAUUUCAUAUUCGAUCAUCCUCAGUUUGGCGUGUCAAAGAAAUUUUAUUAUUCGGCACAUAGACUGACGUUUCUGAAAAAAGAAAUACCUGUGUCUGGAUUACAUUUGAUGGUGAGAAGGUUGAAUCUACCUUGAAUCACGUUUGUUGAAAAAUCAUUGCGAUGUGCGAUUUAUCAGCGCUAGAAAUUUCUCAUGUAAAUUUUGAACACGAGCAAAUCAGUCAAGUUGCCCGUAACUAUGUACAGUGUUUUAUACUCUGACAAACUCGCAAGCCCAUGUCGGGGUGCUGGAUGAUCGAUAUUGUCAUGCACACCGCACAAUCUACGUAUAUUGUUCAAGUUAUUUUACAAUAAGCGAUUAAAAACGUUGAACCUUUUUUGUUUUUUCUUUUUUCUAUUUUUUUUAAAAUUAUUAUUAAUGUCUUCACAAGCGAUAAUAACAUUACGAUACACAAAUACAGAUAGGCUAACAAUAAGUCAUAGUGGGAGAGUAUUCUAUAACGAAUAUACUCUGUGCCAAAUGAUAUUAUCCCUGUCCUUUUUCGAAUUUUCAAAAUAUUCGUCAAAUAGGAAACGUAAUAUCUUGUUCAACUUUAUAUAUAGUGUGUCUCUGCAGGUAGCAUUUUACAAUGAAUGAUUUUCAAAGACUGAUUUGGUAAUGAAGCGUUGUGCCGCUGGCAAAGACGAACGACUGUCUAUUGCGUUUAGUGUACUUAAUAAGCUUUAGGGCGUGGACCAUUACUACAGCGAAUUGUUUUGCUUUUAUCCUACGUACUGUUAUUAUUUUUGGUAAAGUUUUGAAAGUAACCGGUCUUUAAAAAACACGACUAAUUAUGAAUCCAAACCAGUGAAAGUUUGUCGUGAAUUUGGUAUGUCACAUUCGUAAAUAUCGUUUGCCUGAUGUGUGACUGACUUACCGGUGUUUAGCAUGUAUGCAACAGCAGAUUAUACAUUGUUUGAAUGUCUGCGACUAAAUUAUUUAUUUAUCGUAAUAAUUUUAUUUUAUAAUUUUGUUUUUGAAUAUAAAAUUGACUGUGAUCUAACAAUAAUAUGAUAGACGUACAUAUUAACAGAUAUCUGCUACUCGUGUUUGAAAUGUUUCAAAGAGGAAAUUUAUGAUUAUUUUUCUUUUUAACCUAUCUAACUGCUUCUCUCCGAGACAUGUCAGAGCUGUACCAAAAAUAAUAACUCCUUAGGUUUAAAUAUAUCAUUAAUAAACUGUCUCAUGUGUUUCUACCAUGCAUACAUAUAUUGAUGUUUAGUGUCCAGAUAUGUUCACUUCCAUUAUAUUCGAAAUGCUUCUAGUUUCGGUUUAUAAUUUCUCAACUACGUUAUGCCUUAUAUAUAUACACACACACACACACACACACACACACACACAUACUCUAAUUGCCAUUUACAUUUACAAUCAAAUACUGUAUUAGGCUGCUGCAUCACAAAGCAUUUUAUCCUGAAACACCUUAAAUUUUCAAUGAAACGUCAUUGUUUGUAUCAUUCAUCUCAACUAGAAUAAUCAUGUCAAUUGUCGGCGUACAUGCCAACGAAGGAGUUUUGAUCAUAUAUUAGGUUGAAAAUUCGAAUGCAUGCCUUAUUUAACUGAGAAAAGCAUUUUUGUUUGUUUUAUAUUAUACAUAUGCAAUACAAUAAUCAUUUCAUCUUAGUUUCGUAUUUAGUUUUGGCUUCGUCUUUUUUUCUCUGUAUAUAUAGAUUUUUUUUUUGAGCAGCUCCCUUUGCUAACUCUUAAUAAUCAACUCGUGCGAAGAAGGUACUACGAGUAAAGAAACUUAAUUAUUAUAAACUAAUGCAUUUAGCGGAGAGCAACGAGGGAAUACAGUUCUUUCUUUUUUGGCUGACUUUCACGACAUCGCCUCAAUCAUCAUUCCAUAUCAUUCAUAUACCGUUUGCGUCAAUGGUCAAGAGAAAUUACUGUACUCGUCGUUGCUCCAUGUUCAAAUUCUUGAACGCUCAAACAUGACUCAAUUUCGAAUUCAACAACACCAUGAGUUGAAAACAAUGAUCCAUUAGAUGUCUAAGUUUCUAAAAAGUAUCGAAUAAAAAUUUAUAAGUUAUCACCACCGAUUUUAAUUGACUGCCGGCCGAUUCAUUAAUAUACCCAAUCAUUUAGCUAAUUCAUUGUCGCAGGUGAUCAAUUAAUUGGCUAUUGAAACCUGAUUAAUCCGUUACUAAUACUAGCAGCAUCGUUGUAGAUCAAAAAGAACUGCCAUUUUAAAAGUGCAUAAAAUUUAAAACUAAGUGCUUCAAUCUAUUUUUCCACUGCAGCAUUGCAGUAUUAUCAUCCGCUUACUUUCUUUUAUUUUUGUUUUUUUAAUUGCAGACCGAAAGUUCCUGUGCGGCAUAAUCAAUAAAUAUCACAUAGUUCUAUUUAUUGCUGACUGUACCGAUAGGCCUGUUGUAUUCCAAGCACCUCAGAACUUCUCCCGAGAAAGUUCGACUCGCUAGACUCAUUGAUAUAUAAUUUUCACCUAUCCUCAUUUCUGAUUUACGAAGAAAUUUGGGGUACAUGUACGUACACUUUUUUUCUCAUUUAGGGCAGUGUUCGAUCAAAGUAUUCGUACCAAAUGUUGUUUGAUUCCAAAGGUGUGACUACGUAAUAUGAAAUACUACAUUCAUAAAACAGAUCCUCUUAUGGUGAUACAGAAAAAAGUUGAUCGACGUUUUGUGCAUUAGUUUCACUUCUAUUGUAAAACCUGAAUUAAUCCACCGUAACUAUCUUGUUAGAUAUCAUGUAAGUCGUAUCGUAAGUCGUAAUAAUUGUAAAAGAGCGUUUUUUCUAAUAAAAAGCCAAGAUCGGUAUUGCAAUUGUCGUCUUUGCAAUUUUAAAACAAUCACAUAACCCUUUAACUGUAGCAAGGAGUAGAAUAGUAAGGGACAUAGAAACGAUAAAUUCGAUUACUAUUAUGACAAAUCUUUGCAACAUUUUUAUUCUUUACUUUCAUGCAAUCCAUCUUUACACGAUAUAACAUGCACUUUAUAAUAUACCAAAAUUUUUACAGUUAUUCAAUUUUUGAACAUGCGUAAAAUGCCACCAAUUGCUGCAAAUACUUUUCCGGUAUUCAUAGUUAUUGGUCAAAAUAGAAUACAGAUAAUGUAACUAAUAGAUUAGUAUGACAAAUAAUGCAUACUUCGAUCACCCGAAUAUUAAUUUACAAAUAUGAUUUCUACAUACAUAAUUUUUUUUUAAAAUUUCUAACCAUAUUUUAUGUUACAGUAUUGCUACAAAUUGUUUGAAACCUAUCAUUUUCCUCUGCAUCCUUGUUCCUAAAAUUAAGAACAAAAUAUGAUGCACGUGUGAUUAAUUAAUUUAUAGUAUUCAAAAUUACAAUUAAAAUUAAAUUGGACUAAAUUUUCUUUGACGUCUUUAAUAAUAUAUAAAGAUAUUGUUCAUAUAUGGUCAAUCUGACAAUGAGGUUCUAUAUACCGAUAUUUACCAUGUCACAGUGUCAAUUUUACUUUUUCAUUAACCGCAAAGAGGUGAGGCUGUCGUUCUGAAACAUUGAUCUUUGUUCUUGUGGGGUGAUUUAUCUGAUCCAAUUAUAUCAAAUUUAACAGUGAAAUUUUAUGAAGUAUUAUGUUUGACGAUUCAAACAUUGUGCAUUGCGAAUCGUUCCAGUUCGCGUAUUCCUAGUGAUGAAACUGUUAUGUUACUUAUGAGUUGAUUAUGAGUGAAUAGAAUAAUAAAAAUAUGGCGAUAACGGAUAGGCUGUAUUCCGAAUGGUUUGGUAUAAAGGAGAAAGAGAAUGAGAAUGAGAUG